UCACGAGGAAGUUAAUGUGGUGUUGAGUCUGCUGACUGAUCCUUUUUCUUUCUGCUGAGGGACAGACUCUCAGAUCAUUCUCUGACCCUGCAGUUGCCAAAUCCUCUCUGUAUCCUCCACUUGUCCACUCGGGGGUUGCCAUGUCCUCACACACUACAUAAGACUGCAGAAUACUUCUUGCUGACUGACUAAUCAACAUCUCCUAACCAGCUCCUCAGCUGUUACAGUGGAAACGGUAACGUAUCGGAACACACACCGUUACUGUCAGAAAACUAACCAACGAUUAACCGCACGCCACAUGUACAGCGUUCUGCUAGAACCCCCGUGUGCGGUGUGUGUUCCUGCUCCAGCUCGGGGUUCUGUACUGAUGGUGUCAGUAGGUCCGAGCAGAACGUCAACAGGAAUAAGCUCGUUAUGAAUGAGUACUGAGUUCUGAAUCAAGGCUGAAGUUAAUGAAGGAUUGGGAUUGUGGGAGUUUGUGAGGUCUGAGGAGAAGGUUACGCUCUCACUCCUGACCCAGUGAUGAAGGUUGCUCAACUGUUUUAAUGUCCCUGAAGGACCAUUUCAGAUCGUCUGCCUCUUGUCCUCCAUUCCAACAGUUUCCAAGCUCAACUUUAAAGGAUGACGUCAUAUGGAGUUCGGAAGAGAUGACUCUGGGGAAGAGGAGCCCACGUCACGCUCGGACCGCAGUGAACUGCAGGGGGCGCUGAAGACUUUGGCGAGUAAGCUGGACGAUCUGUGUACGUGUAACGAUCUGAUAGCGAAGCACGGCGCGGCGCUGCAGCGUUCUCUCAGCGAGCUCGAGGCUCUGCGCGUCCCCGUCGAGGGCAGCGAGAAGAUCAAGGCCGUGAACGAGAGAGCCACUCUGUUCCGCAUCACCUCCAAUGCUAUGAUCAAUGCAUGCCGUGAUUUCCUGGAGCUGGCCGAGAGCCACAGCCGCAGAUGGCAGCGAGUCCUGCAGCAUGAGCGAGAGCAGCGUACUCACCUGGAAGAGACGAUAGAACAACUGGCCAAGCAGCACAACAGCCUGGAGAGAGCGUGGAGGGAGGCACCGACACACACCUCUAACACACCUGACACCACCUCCACACACACCGGAGUGAGUGAGAGGUCCCGGAAAGAGGAAGCGAGUGAUGAAGAUGAGGAUACAGAAUAUUUCGACGCCAUGGAGGAUUCGCCCGCGUUCAUCACAGUGACGGCUACAGACGUCUCUCAGCAUAGGCGUUCUCAGAGUAAUCUAAGUGGUGCCAGCGGUGGGCAGCCCAGUGACUGGAGCCUGGAGCAACAUUCGUCUCCGAGCUGUAAUGAUUUAUCAGGGAGGGAGGUGCAGACACGCAGGAGGAGGCGGAGCCGAAUCCCAGACAAGCCCAACUAUUCGCUUAACCUGUGGAGCAUCAUGAAGAACUGCAUUGGCAAAGAGCUCUCCAAGAUCCCCAUGCCUGUGAACUUCAACGAGCCCCUCUCCAUGCUGCAGCGGCUGACGGAGGAUCUGGAGUACAGCGAGCUGUUGGAUAAAGCGGCUCGCUGCGAGAAUUCUCUCGAGCAGAUGUGUUUGGUGGCCGCCUUCUCCGUCUCGUCCUAUUCCACCACCGUCCACCGCACGGCUAAACCCUUCAACCCCCUGCUGGGUGAAACGUACGAGCUCGACCGGCUCGACGACUAUGGCUACCGCUCCCUCUGCGAGCAGGUCAGUCAUCAUCCUCCGGCUGCGGCGCAUCACGUCAUCUCACAGCGAGGCUGGACUCUGUGGCAGGAAAUCACCAUUGCUAGCAAGUUCCGUGGAAAAUACCUGUCCAUCAUGCCCCUGGGUGCCAUCCACCUGCAGUUCCAUGCGAGCGGGAACCACUACGUGUGGCGUAAGGUGACCUCCACUGUGCACAACAUUAUCGUGGGCAAACUGUGGAUUGAUCAGUCGGGGGACAUCGACAUUGUGAACCACAGAACCAAAGAGACGUGCCAGCUUAAGUUCUCUCCAUACAGCUACUUUUCAAGGGAAGUUCCACGUAAGGUGACAGGUGUGGUGUCAGACAGUGAAGGACAGGCGCACUACAUCUUAUCAGGGACGUGGGAUGACCGAAUGGAGAGCGCUAAGAUUCAGAGCAGCCGGGGCAGCAACAGUGCAGAAGGCAAACAGAAGACCGUGUACCAAACACUCACACCUCGACUACUGUGGAAGAAAUACCCACUCCCAGAGAACGCGGAGAACAUGUACUUCUUCUCGUCGCUGGCUCUCACGCUGAACGAGGAGGAGGACGGCGUGUGUGUGACGGACAGCCGCCUGCGGCCGGACCAGCGUCUGAUGGAGGAGGGACGAUGGGACGAAGCCAACAUGGAGAAACAGAGACUGGAGGAGAAACAGAGAGCCGUGAGGAGGAGGAGAGAGGCCGAGGCGUCCGACGCCAUGGACCAAGAGUGUGAGCUUGACUCUGGUCAGGAGUACGAGGGCUACAAGCCUCUCUGGUUCCAUCAGAGGACGGACCCUGUGACCGGGGAGAUGAACUUCGUGUAUAAAGGGGGUUACUGGGAGACCAAAGACCGACAGGACUGGAGCAUGUGUCCGGAUAUUUUCUGAUCGGAGACGGGAGCGAGGACAGGACGUCCUCUAAAAGACUCGCGGAGGAUCCGGGACGCAGAUCCCUGCCUCACCGAGAGAACCGAGACGAUCACAUGGGCGAGAGAUUUAAAGGGAAAGAGCGAGAGAGAGAGAGACGUCUGAUCUCUGUCCAGUAUUCACCUGAAAGCUGUGCGUGUGUGCGUGUGUGUGUGUGUGUGUGUGUGUGUGUGUGUGUGUGUGUGUGUGUGUGUGUGUUUAAAAGAGAAGAAGGGGAUUUGGACUUGAACUUUGACCCCUUACUUCUUCCAAAACCAAAUCAGGUGCUCUUUCUUCAGAACAAAAACAACAAUAACAACAAACAACGCCCUUCCGAGUGCACUCCCUUCGCUCCCUACGCCUAACGAGGACAUAUCACUCAUCACACGUCUCCGUCCCGGACCAUGAAGAAAGAGAUCACUUUAUUCAGUCUCAUAUCGGCGUUACGAUGUGCACACUCAUUAAUAUUUACAUAUCAUUAUAUCCUAAUUUGCAUAUCCCGAAGGACAGCGGGCAGAUAUUUACCCGUCACGAGCUCCGCCUACUCUGAUUCAGAUUAAAGCAGGGAUAUGCCUUUCCUAAUCCUCAAUAACAACGAAUAUUUUAAACAUUUUUUUUUAAAUAAUAAUGAAAAACAAAGCUUCCUGAAGUGUCGAGAGCCGUCGUCUGUGUGCCGGUGACGCGCUCAGUGACGCGCUCCAGAUUAAAUAUCAGAUUCAUGUUUUAAAGCACGAGCUGUUAGACGGUUAAAGGAAUAGUUUGGGGAAGAUUUGUAAUCCAGAUUCGUCUGUAAGUCUAAUGCGACGCUAGCUGGUAGUUAGCUAAAAAACAUCCGUCACCUGAAAUCUUAAUAAAUCCACGUCUGGUUAAACGGAAUUUUAACGGAAUAAAAACUAACAGAGAUCGCUUUCUACAGUAGUUUAUAGUCAGAAUACUGCAGGACGGACUUCGCUCGCUAUUACUAGUAUUAUUAUUAUUAUUAUUAUUUGCUUAUGCGUUGCUCAUUAAAUAUAAAAAACAAACUUCAGACAGCGGAAUGUUUUGACUGCGUAGAUUCAAAAAGUUUUUUCCUCCAAACUUUUCCUUUAAACGGGCAGAUGAUCAGCAAGAACUUGUUAUUAUUUUUAUUUUUUUAAAUAAAUAAUAGUCUCAAGGGAAAUCUUUAGCUUUAGUGAUUGUUAAUAAAACAUAGCCAUAUCUCAUUCUUUCUGAGAUUUCUAACAUAGUGUGCUUUCAGUGAUUUAAAAUAAAUAAAUAAAGGAAUGAACGAAUCAGCACACAUGAAUUAGCAGAACUCCCGUUCCUCCUGAAGACCUGCAGAAAUCCUCAAAGGCCUCGCGCAGAAUAACGCAGGAUAACGCGGGAGAAACAGUAUUUUUGUAGACGAUAUAUAUAUAUCUCGACGUCCUCACCUCCUCAGUGUCGUCAGACUGAACGUCUGUUGUCUUAAAUCUCAAAGUAAAAUAAAAUAAAUAAAUAAAGAUCCGAUCCGAGACUCGGUCCUGUGGCGUCUCUGAAGUUUUCUUCACGCCGUUGAGAAUGUAGAAUUUAGCGCGCAGGUGUACGGCGUCACCUGUCCCGACUCUGCUGUGUUUAUUUUUUAUGAUGACGGAGAGGAAGAUUUAAAACUCGAAUAAUAAAUAAGGAGAAUUAUAAACGACGAUGAUGUGAUUAUAAUUAAUAUACAGAGGAGACGAGCGAGUAACGAAGCUACUGUACGGGAAAUAUUUACUGUAAAUGUGUCUUAUAAUCUGAGAUGAUGAUCUCGCUAGGCUGAAAGGUUUCAUUUUUGACAAGCUUCCGUGGUUUGAUUUGAAAUUUUAAUAUUUUGUAUUAAAGGAGAUUUGCUCACACGGUCA